AACUCAUGAGCAUUUAUAGCAAGAAGCUUUGACUUCAGAGUUCAGAAUAAUUUCUGUGUAAGCUUGACUUUCUUCGAUUUUUCGCAUUCCGCAGAAUUUUACGUACAUUUCUGCAUAAAAGGGUCACCAUGUCUCUUAUAAGUUGCAGGCAGGUAACAUUUUGUAAUAAUUUCUAUGUGUGUCUCUUCAUUUUCAUCAAUUUUCUGCCUGUUAUCUGUGCCCGUCGAGCUAAUUCCAAACCUUCACUUUCGUUCGCUAUACCUCAGUUCAACCUUGACACAAACAUACUCUAUGAAGGUGAUGCCAGACCUUCAUUAGGUUUAGGAAUGGUAGAACUCAAUACAGUCUCUCAAUUGUUCCGAGUGGGACGGUUUACUUAUUCACAACCUUUGCACUUAUGGGAGUCUGCUAGCGGGUCGCUAACAGACUUCACCACUCAUUUCACUUUCAUGAUUGACACUCUAAACAAUAGCAGAUGGAGUGACGGAUUUGCCUUUUUUCUUGCUCCAGUUGGCUUUCCUAUUCCACCUAAUUCUGCUGGUGGUAAUCUAGGAUUGUUCAACAGCAGCACAAAUUUUGUGCCAUCGAAAAACCAAAUUGUAAUGGUUGAGUUUGAUUCCUUCUCGAAUGAGUGGGAUCCAACUGUGCCUCAUGUUGGGAUCAAUGUGAAUAAGAUCUCCUCAAUUGUUAGCACCAGUUGGGAUUUCGGCAGCAACAGAUGGAAGGUGGCUAAUGCAUGGAUAACUUACAAUGCUACCACAAAGUACCUCAGUGUAUUUUGGACAUACAAGGAAAACCCAAAUCCUGCUGUUAUUGACAGUACUUUUUCUCUUUCGCACCGUAUUGACUUACGAGAGGUUCUCCCCGAAUGGGUUACAAUUGGUUUUUCAGCUGCCACAGGAGUUUGCCCCGAGCGACAUGUUAUAAGUUCCUGGGAAUUCAAUUCGCAUUUGGAUUCCGAUGAGAUCAGUAAGAAAACCAAGGAUACGGAAAGGACGAAGAAAUUGUUUAUAGCAGCAACUGCUGGUAUUACUUUGUUAGUUUUGAUGCUUGGUGUGGGUUUGUGUAGGUUGGUUGUAACAAAGCGAAUGCGCAAGAUCGAUGGACUUGAGAGUUACUCCAAGGAUGUCAUCACCUCCAUAAAUAAGGAUCUCGAGAAACGAGCAUUCCCCAAGCGAUUUGCUUACAAGGAAUUGGAUGUAGCCACAAAUGGCUUUGCCAGCAAUGGAAGGCUAGGCCAAGGAGGGUCAGGACAUGUUUACAAAGGAAUGUUACAAGAUCUAGGCUGCGCUAUUGCUGUCAAGAGAAUCUUUGCAAAAUCUGAUUACUAUGAGAAGAUUUUCAUCAACGAAGUCAAGAUUAUAAGCCGGUUAAUACACAGGAACCUGGUUCAGUUCAUUGGAUGGUGUCACGAAGAAGGCGAAUGCUUACUUGUUUAUGCAUACAUGCCUAACAGCAGCCUCGACACACAUCUGUUUGGGUCUAAAACAACCCUGCAGUGGGAUUUCCGGUAUAAGAUAGCUUUAGGCUUGGCCUCAGCGCUUCAUUAUCUACAUGAAGAUGCAGAGCAAUGUGUUCUUCAUAGGGAUAUCAAAUCAGCUAAUGUAUUGUUGGACAAAGACUUCGGUACUAAGCUCGGGGAUUUUGGGAUUGCUAAGCUCAUCGACCCAUGUUCCUGGACUCAGACAACAGGAGCUGUAGGGACUUUUGGCUACAUUGCCCCAGAAUAUGCAAGUGGAGGGAAGGCCAGUAGAGAAUGUGACAUAUUUAGUUUCGGAGUUGUGGCAUUGGAAAUCGCUUGUGGACGGAGGACUUACCAGGACGGGGAACUUCAUGUGCCGCUUGUCAGUUGGGUUUGGCAACUCUACCUUGCAGGAAAUAUUCUCUUUGCAGCUGAUGAGAGAUUGGAAAGAAAGUUCGAUCAAAUUGAAAUGGAAUGCUUGUUGAUUAUCGGAUUAUGGUGCACUCAUCCAAACAACAAGGAAAGGCCAAAAGCCGGACAAGUGAUGAAGGUUCUUCAGCUCGAAGCACCAUUUCCGGAACUUCCACAUGACAUGCACGAAUCUGAUCAUCACCUUCCUCAUCAUCAUAUAUGAUUAUGGCACAACCGAUAAUAGUUUUUCUUGUUCUUUCUUCUCUUUUCAAUAUACAACCACAAGUAGUUGUAUUUUCAAGCCAUGGUUGUGUGAUUCAUACAACCGAUCUAGCUAGUAGCCUUCUAGGAUUCAUAAAGCCAUGGUUUUUUUCUCUUCUUUCUGCUUGUUUCCAUCAGCGAAGACUUGACUCAAAAUCAAGGACAAUGACAUUGUAAGAUUCAUACAGCUGACGCUUUGUUGUUGUUGGUUGUAUGAUUUAGAAUCCAAUAAACUCAGAAUUUGCACCGUUGAUUUCGGGUGGUAAAUUUUUUUUUUUUUUUUUUUUUUUGGUGUUGUAUGCAUUUUC